AUGGAGCAACCGCAGAAGAGAAGCUUCCUGCGCGGCCUGUUGCGCAGGGCCAGUCACGUCCGGGCGGCAGCGAAGAAGACAGAAGCUAGGAGGGUGAGUCUUGGAGACUUGGGAAUUAGGAGAGAGAGAAGGCGCUCCGUAUCGGGCUCAGAUACCCAUAUACCCAAGCAGCGAAUGCGGGUGAGGUCAGACCCCGCGCCUGAGCCAUCGCUGGACCAAGAUUGGGAGACUGAGCCGGAAUUUUCAAAGGCGAAUAACAGCAAGGGGAAGCUGUCUCUUGACUCUAGUAGUAGCAGCAGCAGCAGCAGCCACAGAAGCCCGUCGCCGGAGCCUUUGACGCAAUGGCCACCCAGCGGGAUACGGCCAAAUCAAGAACUAACAAGCCAGGAAGCCACACAGUUGAUAUGCCGUGGAGUGCCGUUGUAUCAAGGCUGCAAACGGCAGGUUCCUCACGCUUCGGAGGACUACUUUGCCUUGUAUGCCACGACAACGGAGAAUCGAGCCAAGGGGACGGAUGCCAUUGAUUUACACGAUGCCAUGGUGCACUUGAUGACGAUCAAGCUUCAGUCCACGGACGCUGCCGCGAACCCUUGGGAGAGUCUCGAGCAGCCGAGUUAUGGUUUUCACUACGGUGAACACGAGGGUUCGAUUACACUGAACCGGUGGGUUUCUACGGCGAGUGUAUAUCCUCCGUCAAUUAGACUGAAGGAUGCGGGAGUUAUGCCUCGGCCCAUGUCACUGGAACGCAUCCUCGACCGAAUUCAGGAGCUUCAAGCGGGGCUCGAGGAAGACGACCCGGGUCUUAUGUAUAAGAUCCUUUAUAGGCGCCUUCUUCGUGAUCCGGACAGACUAUUGGCCCCUCACAAAACAUUGGACAAGCAAAUUACGGAUCUGAUCAUGGCCCUUUCACGGCCGAGCUGGUUUGACUUUAGCAAUCCCAAGAACCAAGUGGUGACGAGAUUCAUUUUCGACAAUGGGCAGGACAAUUUCGAGAUUCAGUUCCAGAAAUUCUUCCACCAGCUAUUGCUGGCCCUAGAGCUCGAGAUGAGGAUACAGUCGCCGCAGCAUGGUGGCUGGGCCAAGGAAAAGCUUCUGGAAACGAUCCCCCAGUCCAUCAAAUGGACGCUGGCUUUGGCUCGGCGGUGGAGGUUAUAUGUUCGUGUGGAAGAUUUUGGAAAAUUCCCCCAUCAGAGUGAGUGGCCCUAUAAGAACCAGAACCAUCAUCUUAGACUAACAUUCAGCGAUUUAGUCAAACUUCGAUACAAAUUGAAGAAGCGGCAGGUCAGGCUCUUGAGGCGAUUCGCACAGACGAUGAAAUGGCCAAACUUGGCCGACACCAUGGAGCAGCUAAGACAGAAAGAUGCGGACUUCGCUUUGGAUAAGAUCAGUUCCGAUGCGUUUGCCUUUUUCAGCGGGCUUGUUUUGCCAGGGAUCACAUUCCCGUUUCUAAUAAUGAACACACUGCUUGAUCUAGAUCCCGACCCAGCUACCGAUGAGCUAGCACUACUUAGGCACAUGCAUCCGGAGUGUGGGUUCCAGUACCGAAGCAGCUACACGUAUUGGACUGCUUGCUCUAUCGUGGGCAAAGUCCUGGCCCCGACAUGCAACUCACUGGCAGGCUGGGUGGGGCCGGCGCGGACGACGACAGACCUGAGUCCUUCCCAGAUUGCCCGGAUCCGGACCAGGCAGCCAAAGCAGAAGCUGCGGCUGGAGGAUGUUGACUCAAUGGCCGAACGCUCGGAGCCUCUGGGGCCACCCGCGGAUUCCUACCCAGCCGCAGACUACGUGCUUGAUAUCCCAAAGACGGAUGCUGUGGUCGACACUGUAAGGGUUGAGAUGCUGGGGUUGCGUGCUGCCGUUACUACUGUCAAGACGACUGAGAAAAACCCAGAGACGAGGAAAUUUGACGCGACGGUCCAGUUUGCCAUUGAUGGAUUGUCCUGGCCACUGCGGCUCAUGUACGACGUGAAUUUCAUCUCAUCGUUUCCGUGCUCCGAUGGGCCGCACGCAUUAUUCUUUGACUAUGUCUAUCAGAGGAAACGAGUGGACGAGAUUGUUUCGAUCAAGGACUGGGGGGGAUUAUAUGGAACAAACAACCAACAGGGGACUAACGGCACAUCCGGGGACGCCAACGACGAGGAGCGGGUGCUAGUGGCGGAGUGCUUUGGAGUCAGGGAUAAUGAGGUGCUGGCACGAGCGUGGUGUGCCCAUUGGGGGCUGAGCGCCAUAGUUGCCGAUCUCCGCAGAACAUGCCUGGCUUGUGCUGUGAGAGAAGCGUAUGCAGCCACCCUGAAUGUUGUGAUACUCAUCCAGGGCCAAGAGGCUGAGGACGACUUAUGA